GACUUAUUUCGUGCUGGAGGACUAGAGGUGAAUCUGACGCGAUACGGUCGUCUCGGACUUCUCGAAGAAGGAACUUCUGGGACAUGUCGAGGAUGUCGAUGUGAAGCGAAUUAUACGGUUAAAGGUAAUGACGUUCGAUGA